UAUGGAUGGGACCGAGGAACGGAACCGCAAGAACUGCGGGAAAAAUGAGCCGGAGGCACGACAAAAGAUGUUGGAUACGGGGGACGAAAAAGAUCCAGCAAAAGACAGAGUAACAUUAAAGAAAGAAAUUGGACUGAUGAGUGCGUGCGCGAUAAUUAUUGGAAACAUCAUUGGUUCAGGCAUCUUCAUCUCCCCCAAAGGCGUUUUGGAACAUGCGGGCAGCGUUGGGUUCUCUCUCAUCGUCUGGGUCCUGGGAGGAGGGAUUUGCGCCCUCGGCUCCCUCUGCUACGCAGAACUGGGGGUCACCAUUCCCAAAUCAGGGGGCGACUACUCGUACGUCACAGAGAUCUUUGGAGGUCUAGUGGGGUUCCUGCUGCUGUGGAGUGCCGUGUUGAUCAUGUACCCCACCACGCUAGCUGUCAUCGCUCUGACUUUCUCUAACUAUGUCCUGCAGCCUGCCUUCCCAAACUGCCUGCCCCCCUACAUCGCCACACGGCUCCUCUCCACCACCUGCGUAUUGUUCCUGACGUGGGUGAACUGCUCCAGCGUACGCUGGGGGACUCGGAUCCAGGAUUUCUUCACUGUGGGGAAGCUUCUGGCCCUAGGUCUCAUCAUCGUCGUGGGCUUGGUGCAGAUCUGCAGAGGACACUACGACGCGUUGAGGCCGCAGGUGGCUUUUGAGUUUAUCAGAGAUCCGUCUGUGGGACAGAUCGCCCUGGCCUUCCUCCAGGCCUCUUUCGCCUUCAGUGGCUGGAACUUUCUUAAUUAUGUCACUGAGGAGGUGGUGGAACCUCGCAAGAACUUGCCCCGUGCCAUUUACAUCUCUAUUCCUCUGGUCACGUUAGUCUACACACUCACCAACAUUGCCUAUUUCUCCUCCAUGAGUCCGGAGGAGCUCCUGGCCUCCAACGCCGUGGCUGUGACGUUUGGAGAGAAACUGCUAGGGAUGUUUUCCUGGGUCAUGCCCAUCUCUGUCGCUCUGUCCACAUUUGGAGGAAUCAAUGGAUACCUCUUCACCUCCUCCAGGCUCUGUUUCUCUGGGGCCAGAGAGGGACACUUACCUUACCUGCUGGCCAUGAUCCAUCUGAAGAGCUGCACUCCAAUCCCCGCACUGCUCGUCUGUUGCACCGCCACCAUAGUGAUCCUGUGCAUCGGAGAGACACACAACCUCAUCAACUACGUCUCCUUCAUCAACUAUCUCUCUUACGGGGUCACUAUCGCCGGGCUUCUCUACUACCGCUGGAAAAAGCCGAACCUGGUCCGACCCAUAAAGGUGAACUUGCUCGUUCCCAUCAGUUACCUGGUCUUCUGGGCGGUGCUGCUGGGGUUCAGCCUGUACUCGGAGCCUGUGGUCUGUGGGAUGGGACUGGUCAUAAUGCUCACUGGGGUGCCCAUUUACUUCAUCGGGGUCCACUGGAAGGACAAGCCAAAGUGGCUGUACAGCAUCGUGGGGGCGGUCACGUUCCUCGGACAGAAGCUGUGUUACGUCGUUUUUCCUCAGGACGACCCGUCAGAAAUCACUCCGCUCACCGAGAAGACGGAGAAGUCCGAGCUGUGAUCACGAUCACACCGGCCUGGUUUUUUUUUUUUUUUUAAGGGUCACUUUUUUAUCCCUUCCCCUACGUUGUUUAACCCUUUCUCUGCCCUUGUUCGCUGUGAACCAGGAGACAGCUCCCUACAUGUGCCAGAUUGUGGCCUGUCAGAGAGGCUGAGAAGUCUUGUGUGACCUGAUUCAGUCUAGUAACUGACAUGUCCCUCCUCCCAACCCCUUGGUCCUUUAUUUUUGUCAUUUCUGCCUGGUUUCCAGCCUUCACGAAAAUGGACCCAUCCAGCUCCAAAGGAACAGGUUUUUUUUUUUCCAUAUUUUUUUUUCCAUUCUACUUCCACUGUUACUCCGUUUUAGAAUUUUUUUUUUUUUGUUGUUAAUUUUGUUGUUGUGCCUUAUAUGAUUCCUUUCCUGAGUAACAUGCAAUGUUGUUGUUUUUUUUGCUUUUUAUCUCUCUCUCUCUCUCUCUUUCUCUCUGCGGGAUGGAGAUGUUUGUUUUACGUGGCUGCUCCAGGUCUUCCACCUCUUAGCUGCUGUUUAAAACUGCCAGACACCUGUCUCAGCAUUAUUGGUGUACAGACAGGGUUUGUUGCGUCCCGUUCUGCUCUCUCUGAAACAAACUGAACUCUGGACUGUGUCUGGAUAUUACCAGACACAACCCACUGUGCCAGACUGAACCAGACUAACCUUCCCUCUAAAUUCAGUCGCCGCUUCGACCGGGUCGUAGGAAAUUUUUAAGCACUAACGCACUAAGUCUGAGAAAUAUGCACUUGUUUCAGGUGCGUGUAAUUGUCAUGUAGUCAAUUUGACGUUCAAUGUCAAUAGUCCGUCAAAGAUGGAAACACAAGAACAAAGAUGAUAAGAUAUAAUCUAUAACCCUAUGCAACUCUAUGCAAACCGCAUCUGCGUUUCAGAACGGUUUUUAAUAUUUUAAUAGCUCUUCUUACACUUUUUUUUUUUUUUUACUUAAACUUUCUGGAACCUCUGCAGAGACAGAGGCUUUGCACUAUAAAAUUUUAGCUGUGCUUGCAGUCAACCCAAUUACAUAUUACCCUAAAAAAUUAAAUAAUUAAUUAAUUUAAAAGAAGUUAUUUGCCCAGAAUGUCCAAAGUGCUAUCUGUGAUAGUCUGUGAGAGUGGUGACUGGCAGCCUGGGUUAGUCACCCAGCUCCUGUUCUCAGACAGAAGGUGCCUGACCGUUUGAGGCUCAUUCUUUUCACAAAUGAAACUUAUAAACCCAUCUCCCACAUACCCACACACACACACACGCACACACACACACACACACACACACACACACUGAUGAUAUCAGAUAUAAAAGUCCUACUGAAGGACCUGUUCACUGUCAGGGACUUUUUCUAUGCAGUUUCUGUGUCCAUUUUUGUAUGGAGUAGAUAUUGAUUCUAUAUUUCAUAGGGCAUAAAAUUACACCCUUUUUAAAAAGUGGCACAAAAACACACACACACACACACAAUGCAAACCGGAUUCCUCCUCAUAACUUUUUUUUUUCCCCGGAAAACUCGCUGCCUGCAAUACAGUCACCGUAGCAACCAUAGCGCUCCAGGCUCCGUCUGAAAGAACCGCCACUCCUGGUGUGUCAGAUCUGUACGUCCCCAAACCAAUACUGUGUAAAUAUUGUGUAAAUUUAAAGAUUCGUCAGGGGUUCAGAGUGAGACUGCAUCCCUGAGCUGUGUCAUUGGACAUAAUAUAUUAUACGUAUGUAAGUGGAUGUACUUUUUUGGGGUUUGUUUGUUUGUUUGUUUUGUAUAAGAAUGUCAUUGAUGGUUAAAUAUAACAUUAAUAGCGUAUUAAAUUUAAUGCUGAAAGGAAAUAGCAUGUGAGUGAUUUGGCUUACUUUCUGUGUGUGUGUGUGUGUGCGCGCGCGUGUGUGUGAGACAGAGAGUGAGUGUGUUUGCCUUAUCACCAACCAAGCAGUGUUGUUUCACAUUUACGCCAAAAUUUUUAAAAAUAGUUUCUUUGUAAUUGCUGUUAUUUGACAUUAACUGAAUAAAAAGCUGUAAUUAUUCGGUCUGGA